AUGUCCUCAAAAGUUGUUCAGCCUACCUGGUACAAGCCAGAUUCUUCAAAGAUAAAUGGAGAUAAACCUGUUUUAAAGUUGUAUAACUCGCUCACAAGAUCAAAAGAUGAAUUUAUCCCAGUUGACCAAAAAAGAAACCAAAUAACCUGGUAUUCUUGUGGCCCUACUGUUUAUGAUUCUUCUCAUAUGGGCCAUGCGAGAAAUUACGUAACAAUUGAUAUAAAUAGAAGAAUCUUGUCAAAUUUUUUCAAUUACGAUAUCAAGUUUGUUCAAAAUGUUACUGAUAUUGAUGACAAAAUUAUAACAAGAGCAAGACAAAAUUUUCUUUUUCAAUCUCAUGUUAUUGAAAAAUUCAACACCAUUGACGAUACCCUAAUUAAGCUAUCUUUGGACUCAAUUCAAUCAUACAUUGUAAAGAAUAUUAACAAACUAGUCAAUAAAGAUUUGUCUUUGGAAAGUCCAGAAAACAAUUUCUCAAAUUUUUUAACUUGGUUAGAUUCAAUCAAUGUAGCAGAAUUUACAUUGAAGUCUGAAAAAUUUCCAAUGUAUAUAAAACAAAUAAAAUUGGCUAUUUAUUCUAUUAAAGAAUUUAAAAACUUGCCGAUAUCCGAAUUUUCAGAAAAUCUAAAAGAUAUAGUUUCUCCAAUAUUGGAUUCAAAAUAUGGCUCAACUGUAUCAGAUCCAGAUUUAUUUAGACAAUUACCGGCUUAUUGGGAGAACCAAUUUGAUCAAGACAUGACUAAAUUAAACGUUUUGCCUCCAACUGUGAAAACCAGGGUAUCUGAAUAUGUUCCCCAAAUCGUUGAUUUUGUUAGCAAAAUUAUUGAUAAAGGCUACGGUUAUGCAACUUCUGACGGUUCAGUUUAUUUUGAUACUGCUAGGUUUGACUCUUCACCAAACCAUGACUAUGCUAAAUUGCAACCAUGGAAUAAAGGUAAAUUGGAUUUGAUUGAAGAUGGUGAAGGUUCUUUAUCUGUUUCAAAUACCACAGGUAAAAAAUCACCAAACGAUUUUGCCCUUUGGAAAGCUUCAAAGCCAGGAGAACCAUUUUGGUCUUCUCCUUGGGGUCAAGGUAGACCAGGCUGGCAUAUUGAAUGUUCUGUCAUGGCUUCCGAUAUUUUAGGUUCUAACAUUGAUAUUCAUUCAGGAGGUAUUGAUUUGGCAUUUCCUCAUCAUGAUAAUGAAUUGGCACAAUCUGAGGCUUGCUUUGACUGCAAGCAGUGGAUCAAUUAUUUUUUGCACACUGGUCAUUUGCACAUCGAGGGGCAAAAAAUGAGUAAAUCUUUGAAAAAUUUUAUCACUAUUGAUGAAGCACUAAAAUCUCAUUCAUCAAAGCAAUUAAGAUUAGCAUUUGCAAUGUGCCAAUGGAACAAUCAAUUAGAUUUUAAAACAAGUUUGUUGGCAGAAGUUGAAAGUGUUGAAAAAAAUCUUGAUAAAUUCUUCACAAACAUAAGAUCUCAUAAUAAUGAAUAUUUAGCUAAAGUAUCCAAGGGAGAAAUAGUUUCCGAGACUUUGAGGGAUGAUGAUAAAAUUCUUUUUGGUGAAUUGGAGAAAACCAAACUAAAGAUAUACGAACAGUUUUGUGAUAAUUUAUCAACUCCAUUAGUGAUUAGAUCUAUUGUUGAAUUGGUCACAAUAACCAAUAAUUAUUUAUCCAUUUAUAAACAUGAUUUUAGAAUUAGGAUUCUUUUGGAAAUUACAAGAUAUAUUACCAAAAUUUUAGAUAUAAUUGGUUUUGAAACUCGAAAGGACCAAUUAGGGUGGGAAGAUAUAUCUUUAUCUUUAUCUACUUUGAAUAACUCAGCUUCUUCUCAAGAAGAAUAUGUUUUGCCAUUUAUUCAACUAAUCAAUGAUAUUCGUGAUGAAAUUAGAACUAUAGGAAUUGAAUCAAAACACUCGAGAUUGCUUGAUUUAUCUGACAGAAUUCGUGAUAAAGAUUUAUUGAAUUUAGGGAUUGGUUUAGAUGAUAGAAAUGGACAAAAAGCAUUAAUCAAAUUUUUAUCAAGCAAUGAGAAAAGAGAUUUAAUAAAGUUACGUGAUGAAAAAGAAAAAGUUCAACAAGAAAAAUUAAAUAAAAAGUUAGCCCAGUUAAAGUUAAAAGAAGAGCAAGAGAAAAUAAAAAGAAACAAAGAAAAGGUAAAUCCUAUUGAUGAGUGGGACAAUGAUGGAAUUCCCACAAAAACCCAAGAAGGAGUGGAGAUUACUAAAAGCGCAAGAAAAAAACUAAUCAAGCAAUGGCAACAACAGAAAAAAUUAUAUGAAAAUUAUUUAAAGCUGCAGUAG